AAAGAAGCGAAUGCGCGUAUUGGGCAAACAUCAAGACAGGCAGCGGCGGCCAAGGGUUACGGGCCUCACAUGUGCAGGUCAUGACGAUACGCCUUUCAGCGUGGCGAACGAAUCGUCCUCGUCCCUGUGGUCACGACGCUUUGAAGCAAGCCACGAUGACGUCCUGCGGAACCAGAAAGAUCCUUCGUUUCACGGCCGCGCUGUGCUUUGUUGCGGCAUUCCAGACCACCCAUGCUUUCCAAGAGGCUUGCCCGCAACCUUCGGCCAUCAAAAUAGUGGACGUCGGCUUCGACUACGUCACUUUCGAAUGGAAUGCAACUGAGAACCUCCAGAACCCCUUGCACUGUGCGUGCGGCUUUCCGGGUGUCUACUCGGACGUCUGUUCCACGGACACGUAUCCCUCGCACUGCACCAAAAAUUUGACUGGCCGCGCCACAGCCAUGUUCAACCUGACGCCUGGCUACACCCACAGUGUCUGCGUGCAGACGCAGUGCUCCGCAACCAAUUUUUCGAGGCCAUUUUGCACGAAGAUCCACACCUUGUAUUUAGAGCCUUCGGAAUAUUUCGUGAACCUGGCCGUACUAGCUGGCAGUCCCACGCAAUUGCAAGCCUCUUGGACCACUCAUGGGUCUGGUGACGACGUCGUGAAACGGUACGAGCUCUCGUGGUGGAAGCGUGGCCCCCGCCAUGACAGCGCACCGGCGACGAGCAAAUCUACGGCAUUCUCCCACGAAACGUGGAUGACUCUCGACGGAUUGGAGCCCCACACGAGUUACGCAGUCCAGGUGGUCGCCGUCUGCGAAAACGGCAACGUCACGACGCGACGCCAAUCGGCAAUCGUGUCGGCUACCACCUAUCCCGAAGGCCUCGUGCACGUCUCUGACGUCACUCUGGCCACGACCAAUCGGAGCCCUUCGCUGUGCGACGUUUCCGUAGCGUGGAAGGCGAAUGCCGCAGAUAUGGAGGCACUCGAGCGACACGAGUACCGCGUCAAGCUGUGCGUCGGUGCGGAAGACGUCGCCGAAGAUUGCCGCAACGAAACAGUUCAGGGCGGGCGCUCCAGAGUUUCCUUUCCGGGUGUCCCCAAUUUCGCGCCUCUGCUCGCUGCGGUGACUCCAGUUUUUAAAAUUCCGGGCAGAGCGUUCGAAGGUGAGACCACCGUGGCUCGAGGCCCGAGCUGCAUGCUGAAAAUACCGAGAGUCGAAGAGCUAGCCAUCGGGAAAGUGACCGGUAGGUCGGCUCGCGUCACCUGGUCGAAGCUGAAAGAGCUUGACGGCGUCCGCGGUGCUCACUACCGUCUGGUUGUGAGCGCCGAUAUGCCCGCAAAGAAGGACGAGGAAGGUGGCACUGACACAGAGGGAGAGCAGGCAGAGGCAGCAGGCGACAGAUCCGCAGAACGCGACGACACCAUCGUGCAAAAUUUGUCUGCGAAUGAAACCAGCUUCGAGCUGCUCGGCUUGAAACCGUGGAAGAACUACUCCGUCACUGUCACACCUGGAGUCACAGCGACCGGAGUGGCCGUAACGGGAGAGAGUUCCAGUGAAGUCUUCGAAACGCCAGCGGGACCCCCGGGCAAGCCUCGAAACCUCUCCGUGGUCGCACGUGAAGGAGACCUCUACCUGACCUGGCUCGGUCCGGAAUCGUGGAACGGGCCCCGCGGGGGUUACGAAGGCAACGUCGCCUGCGUCCAGGACAACGUCAGGGUCAACAGGCCCAGCGUCGUUCUCGGGCCCGACACGACGGAGUUCGCGACUCCGGCACCGAGCCCUGGAACGUCUUGCACCUUGAGCGUCCACGCUUUCAACGUGUACCAAGGAAAAUCCCUGGACGGAGACGUUGCCAGGGUCCAGUUCAAGUUUACCAGCGGCGAAGACGCCUUGCAACGGUAGCCGGGACUUUUUCGAGCGACGAAUGAGGAGGCAACGUCCCGGAACGCACUCAAUAAUGCCAAACGAUCGCAUUCGCAUACUCAGAGUAAGGCUGAAUAAAAGGGUGUUCAGGAAAAUUGAUCCCAA